AUGUGUGCGUCAGCCACCGCGGCUCUUUUAUUGGGCGCGCUUGCUGUUCUACCUAGUCAAGGAACCGACGCCGACGCCACUUCAACAAUUUUGAACGAAACACGCGAAGGAGGGUCGCAGCCAACUAUAAACCAACUUUAUCAAAUGUUGUACCGUAGCUCAGACUCACAUAAUGAAACUAAACUUCUUGCUAACUUAAACUAUUCUACUCUUAAUAUAGCGCAAACUUUUAAGUCCCAUAACCAACUUAAAUAUUCUACACCAAGCGACGGGAGUCAGGUUAACUGUUGUCUUAAUGAUACGAUUUUAUACGAAGUGACAACAAAGAAAGAAGGUACUGGGUUUUUAGUAAAUAAGGUGAAUGAUUUUGACAAAGAUCGUAAAAGGUUUAGAAAAAGGAGAAUUGUAAAUGUCACAAGAACGGAUAGCGAUAUUUCAUUUGGGAAUUUUUUUGAAUUAACAACGUUUCCUUUUCUAAGCACACCACAUUCAUUACCUGAAAGAAGACGAAAAAUUGGGGAAGUUGGGUCUAAUGCACCACUACUAAACUAUAUAUUUGAUACAUAUUCAAACACUCACCAGCAUAGAAAUGAAAGGCCAGGAAAUGGUAACAGUAUCUAUGCGGCGGCUGCUCCGGAAAUCGAGGCAUUAGUUGGAUCUACAGCUCACCUAGAUUGCAAAGUAGACGCCUUACACGAUAAAUUGGUAUCUUGGGUACGUCGAAAAAACGAUGAAGAGCCAAUGGAAUUGCUUACAACUGGUACUCAACAGUAUACAGCAGACAAAAGAUAUUCUGCGCGUUUCAUUCCACCUGAUAUUUGGCGGCUUGAGGUUAAAGAAGUACGGCCAUCGGAUGCUGCUCACUACGAUUGUCAAUUAUCCGCUCACCCACCUCGAACUGCACGGGUGACGUUGUUAGUACCAGAGGUAUCAGUACGCAUCGUUGAUGGAGCCGGUGCAUUAGUAUCGGAGCAAGUCUGCGAGAUCGGCAGUACAGUUGCUCUUCGAUGUGAAGUAAGAGGUCUUAGAAUGGAAGGAGGUCCGUCACUUCUGUGGUAUCGCAGAGAAUAUUUACUCAAUGAUGAUACUACAAGAGGCGGUAUAAGUGUCCGUACUGAAUUCGGUGCGAAUGGUGCCAAUUCGGUGCUACGUGUGGCCCGAGUGAAAGCAGACGACGCUGGCCGCUACACAUGCAGCGUCGCACGCGCACCGCCACCAGCGCCUUCUCCAGCACAUGUCAUCUUACACGUUAUAAAAGGUGAAAGCUUGGCGGAACUGCACCAAGGGAAAGGAUCAAGUUUGCGUAUAUCUAAAAUAAUUAUUUUUACGUUAGCACUAUGUGCCAUUUUACACGAUUAA